AUGGCUUCCAAACCACAAGCUUUGGUCCUCCUCCUUUGGCCCUUGUUGCUUCUCUCUCACUUGAGCUCAUCCCUAAGCUGCCCAAUUGUCACCUACUGGGGCAAGAAUGUGAAUGAAGGAGAGUUGGAUGCAGCAUGCCAAACCAAAAAGUACGAGAUCAUCAACAUAGCAUUCAUGAACACAUUCGGCAAUGGCCAAACUCCAGACAUAAACCUAGCAGGACACUGUCAUUGGUCCUGGGGUGUCCCUUGCACUAAAUAUGCCUCCCAAAUAGCCACUUGCCAAAGCCUGGGCGUCAAAAUCUUCCUUUCUCUCGGAGGAGCUUCUGGCUCCUAUUCCCUUGCUUCAGCUGAAGAAGCCAAACAAUUUGCCUCCCACCUGUGGACCUACUACCUCAGUGGCCAAAGCCCAGGUCUCCUAGGACAAGUGGCCUUAGAUGGCAUUGAUUUUGACAUCGAAGGAGAUUACUACUUAAACACAGCCAUUACCACCGGCCUCUUCGAUUACAUCUGGGUCCAGUUCUACAGCAACCCUCCAUGCCAAUACACUGAUGAUGGAGACAGUCAAAAACUGAUAAAUUCAUGGAACCAGUGGACCACCACCUUCACUGCCACCAAGUUCUAUGUCGGGCUCCCGGCGUCUCCCGCUGGCAAUGGCAGUGCCGGUGGUUAUGUCCCGAUCGAUACGCUCAACAACGGGAUUCUUCCGCAGGCGAAAACCUCUUCGAAGUUUGGUGGGAUUAUGUUAUGGAGCUAUAACUAUGACGAAAUGUCUGGGUAUAGCGAUCAGAUCAUAUGCCAUGCCUCUCAAGCCUUUAAUGUUGUUCGUGCGCCAUUGGUUGCCAUGAUGAAAUCUGCGUCGGAGGUUCUGUAUCGCCUUUUAUCACACUACUAG